AUGCACUCCCGAUUCUUCGUCGUAGGCACGCUCGCAGUGACGGCGAGGGCUUUGUACAGCUCGGAGCCCUUUGACAACUUCGUCACUUUUGGAGACAGUUACACGGACAAUGGCAGACUGAGCUAUUACUUCAGCAACGGCGGGCAGCCACCUCCGGCCGGGACACUCCCCCCGACGACUAAUGUGACCGCAUCUGGCGGUCUCGCCUGGGGCCAAGUCGUCGAGCAGCUCACGGGAGCAGCGUAUUUUGAUUAUGCCGUGUCCGGCGCGACAUGCUCCAACGAUAUCAUCUCUCGGUAUCUCCCAUCUCUCAACCGGACAUUCCCUGCGGUGCUCGAGGACGAGCUACCGAGCUUCGUCGCGGACGUCCAGGUCGAGACGCUGUACACCAACAGGACGGCAGAAAAUACCGUCUACGCGCUCUGGAUUGGGACGAACGAUCUCGGCUAUGGGGCUUUCUUGACAGAUUCCCAAGCCCCUGGGACGAACAUCACGUCUUAUAUCGACUGUAUAUGGACCGUGUUUGACACCAUCUACGAAACUGGAGGGCGGCGUUUCGUUCUUCUGAACACGGCCCCUCUUCAGCUUUCUCCACUGUAUGCGUCGCAGAGCAACGGUGGUGUUGGUGACAACCAGUUCUGGCCAAAUAAGACGCUAUAUAACAAUACCGAGUACCAGUACAAGAUGCUAGAAUACACCCAAGUAGUGGAUAGGCUGUUUGACUAUGGCGUGCCGUUCGAGGUGCUGGUCAAUGACAGGUGGCCGGAUGCGUCAUUCGAUAUCUUCGAUGUGAACUCCCUGAUCACGAACAUUUUUAACGAUCCGUCGGCCUACCUGGAUGCUCCGGCGAAUGUGACCGGGUAUUACCAUCACUGCGACACGUCAGGCUCGAAUUGUGUCGAUGAGGUAAACCCACUGGACACGUUCUUGUGGUACGACGCGUUGCAUCCAUCGAAAAGGACAGAUGAGAUCAUUGCGAAGGAGUUCAUUGGGGUGGUUGCUGGGAAUUCGUCCUACGGGACUCAUUAUGGCUGA